AUGUUGGAGGCUGCGCAGUCAGUACUGAUUUCCCUUUUUGAGCUCAACACUCCAGAGUUUACAAUGCUAUUGGGUGCUUUACCAAAAACAUUUCAGGAUGGAGCCACAAAGCUUCUCCAUAAUCAUCUCCGGAAUACAGGCAACAGUGGUCAGGGAUCAAUGGGAAGUCCUUUAACAAGACCUACUCCACGCUCUCCAGCAAGUUGGUCAAGUCCUCUCACUUCCCCAACCAAUACAUCGCAGAACACUUUGUCACCAAGUGCAUUUGACUAUGACACUGAAAAUAUGAAUUCUGAAGACAUUUACAGUUCUCUUCGUGGAGUCACUGAAGCCAUUCAGAAUUUCAGUUUUCGUAGUCAGGAAGAUAUGAAUGAGCCUGUAAAGCGAGAUUCCAAAAAAGAUGAUGGCGAUUCGAUUUGCAGUGCUUCUGGAAUAGUAGACCUCCGAGCGGGAAGUGUUGGGAGUGAUACAGGUCGAACGGCUCUUGAUAACAAAACGUCAUUACUCAACACAAUGCCCCCCCACUCCUCGCCACGCUCCCGAGAUUAUAACCCCUACAAUUACUCAGAUGGUAUCGGUUCAUUUAAUAAAUCUGCUUUGAAAGAAGCCAUGUUUGAUGAUGACGCAGAACAGUUUCCAGAUGAGCCUCCUCUGGACCAUUCUGAUCUGGUUGCAGAGUUACUGAAAGAGUUGUCAAACCAUAAUGAGAGAGUUGAGGAAAGGAAGGCUGCCCUGUAUGAGCUCAUGAAGUUAACUCAGGAAGAGUCUUUUGGUGUUUGGGAUGAGCACUUCAAAACAAUACUACUACUGCUGCUUGAAACGCUUGGAGAUAAAGAGCAUGCAAUUAGAGCUUUGGCAUUGAAAGUUCUCAGAGAAAUUCUAAGAAACCAGCCAGCAAGGUUUAAGAAUUAUGCAGAGCUCACAAUCAUGAAGACAUUAGAAGCACAUAAGGAUCCUCAUAAGGAGGUGGUGAGAUCUGCUGAAGAAGCUGCUUCCAUGCUGGCCACUUCCAUUAGCCCAGAUCAGUGCAUCAAAGUGCUUUGUCCAAUUAUCCAAACUGCAGAUUACCCCAUUAAUCUGGCUGCCAUCAAAAUGCAGACAAAAGUCAUAGAAAGAGUAUCGAAAGAAACCCUAACUCAGCUUUUACCAGAGAUUGUGCCUGGUCUAAUACAGGGUUAUGAUAAUUCAGAGAGCAGUGUUCGUAAGGCAUGUGUUUUCUGCCUCGUAGCCAUUCAUGCAGUAAUUGGUGAUGAACUAAAACCGCAUCUCAGUCAACUCACUGGCAGUAAAAUGAAAUUAUUGAACCUUUACAUCAAACGUGCACAGACGGGCUCGGGACCAGGGGAUACAACAGCAGAUCUGUCUGGACAAAGCUAAUGAAGCUGACAAGAGUGAACCAGGUCUCCUAAAACAAGGACAAGGCCCUCUUCAGUGAAAGGAAGAUUCUUACAUACAACUUUCAGAACUUUUUACUUGUUGUUCCCCCUCCCUUUCUUUUACUAUUUGUUUUUGUUUGUUUGUUUGGGUUUUUUUUGUUUAACCAAUGGCUGUCCUCAGCCUGCAUGUGACUUGCAAUAGAAUUAUUCCAAAUCCAAGGAAAAACAGUAUUAACAUCAGUUGAUCAAAGCAGAAUAAUAUUUAAAAAUAAUCU